CCGAAGUGCAAAGCCCCGAGGUCGGAAGGGUUUUGGCUUCUCUUGAGGUAGGAAGAAGCCUUCGUUCUUUCUCGGCCGACGAGUGCCUCCGUUUUCUGUUUGUCUUGCGAGAAAAAGGUUUCCUGCAAAGCAAAGACAAAGUUGAGAAGAAAUUGUCGAACUUACCUUCCCUAUGGGUGGAGAACGGAGGCUCCUUGUGAGCUCCAAAUCGGAGCUAAAGCGGAAGGAGAAACAGAAGAAGAAAGCGAAAUCAGGGGGUUUCGAGUCCAUGAACCUGAGUGCCAAUAUCUUCAAAGGAAUCAAGCGGAAAGGUUACAGAGUACCAACCCCCAUUCAGCGGAAGACAAUGCCCCUUAUUUUGGCUGGGGCGGAUGUCGUUGCCAUGGCCCGUACUGGUUCCGGUAAAACGGCUGCCUUCCUUGUCCCUAUGCUCGAGAAGCUCAAGCAGCACAUUUCCCAAGGAGGCGUAAGGGCACUCAUUUUGUCUCCCACGCGAGAUUUGGCUUUACAAACCUUGAAGUUCACCAAGGAGUUGGGAAGGUUCACAGAUCUCCGUAUUAGUUUACUGGUUGGUGGCGAUAGCAUGGAAAACCAGUUUGAAGAAUUAGCGCUGAACCCUGAUAUCAUUAUUGCCACUCCUGGGAGGCUCAUGCAUCAUUUGUCUGAAGUGGAGGACAUGACACUUCGUUCAGUUGAAUAUGUGGUUUUUGAUGAGGCAGAUAGUCUCUUUGGCAUGGGUUUUGCGGAACAGCUGCAUAAAAUCCUUGCUCAGUUGAGUGAAAACCGUCAGACUUUACUUUUUAGUGCCACUUUACCUAGUGCACUUGCUGAAUUUGCGAAGGCUGGUUUGCGUGAUCCGCAGCUUGUGAGGCUAGAUUUGGAAACCAAGAUUAGCCCUGAUUUGAAACUUAACUUUUUCUCUUUACGCCAGGAAGAAAAACAUACAGCAUUGCUUUAUUUGAUAAGAGAUCAUAUCAGUUCUGAUCAGCAAACAUUGAUAUUCGUUUCCACCAAACAUCAUGUGGAGUUCCUUAAUACAUUAUUUAAGGAAGAGGGCAUCGAGCCUUCUGUAUGUUAUGGUGAUAUGGAUCAAGAUGCUCGCAAGAUUCAUAUAUCAAGGUUCAGGAGCAGAAAGACCAUGUUAUUAAUUGUGACAGAUGUUGCGGCCAGGGGCAUUGACAUACCUUUACUUGAUAAUGUUAUCAACUGGGACUUCCCUCCAAAACCUAAAAUUUUUGUCCAUCGUGUAGGACGAGCUGCCAGGGCAGGCCGAACUGGUACAGCAUUUUCUUUUGUCACGUCGGAGGACAUGCCAUAUCUCUUGGAUCUUCAUUUGUUUCUUUCUAAACCAAUCAGACCUGCUCCCUCCGAAGCGGAGGUUUUGCAGGACAUGGAUGGAGUAAUGAAUAAAAUAGAUAGAGCAAUUGCAAAUGGAGAAACUGUUUAUGGGCGUUUGCCACAGGCAAUUAUUGAUCUUGUUUCUGACAGAGUUCGAGAAAUUAUUGAUUCAUCUGCAGAACUAACUUCUCUUCAGAAAACAUGUACAAAUGCUUUUCGAUUAUAUUCAAAAACAAAACCCUUGCCUUCAAGAGAAUCAAUUAAAAGGUCAAAGGAUUUACCCCAAGAAGGGUUGCAUCCAAUAUUUAAAAAUGUUCUAGCAGGUGGUGAAUUGAUGGCAAUGGCAUUCUCUGAGCGCUUAAAAACAUUCAGGCCGAAGCAGACCAUUCUGGAAGCAGAAGGUGAAGCUGCCAAGUUAAAGCAUCAGAAGGGUCCGUCUUCCCAGUGGGUCGAUGUGAUGAAGAAAAAAAGAGCGAUUCAUGAGGAGAUCAUUAAUUUGGUACAUCGACAGCGCUCUAACAAUCAUGUGGAAAAGGAAGAUGAACCUGUGGUUGCUGCUUCUAUGGAGAAGGAGAGAAAAGGAUUAAGUGGUUCUAAAAGAAAGGCAAAAAGCUUCAAGGAUGAGGAGUACUAUAUAAGUUCUGUGCCAACAAAUCAGCAUACAGAGGCUGGCCUCUCAGUAAGAAGUAACCAGGGCUUUGGAUCAAACAGGUUAGAAGCUGCUGUUUUAGAUCUGGUUGCAGAUGAUAGUUCAGGAAUGCAGAAACAGAAGUCUUUUUACCACUGGGAUAAGAGAAGUAAAAAGUACAUCAAGUUGAAUAAUGGUGAACGUGUUACAGCCAGUGGAAAGAUAAAGACAGAGAGUGGUGCUAAAGUCAAAGCUAGCAAAACUGGAAUCUACAAGAAAUGGAAAGAAAGGUCUCACAGGAAAGUAUCUCUCAAAGGAACAAGUAAUGAAGGGGAUGCUGCUGAAACCACAGGCUUGUCAGCUGGGAAAGGUAGAAAGUACAGAGGGGGCAAGAAGCAGCAGCAUUCAGUGCCCAAUGCUCAUGUUCGUUCAGAAAUUAAAGAUCUUGAGCAGGUUCGGAAAGAGAGGCAGAAUAAGGCAAAUAGAACUUCUUACAUCAAAAGCAAGUCUAGUAAGGGCAAAAAAUUUGGUAAACAUGGAAAAAGAGGAAAAGCAAAAUAGUGAAAGACUGGUGGUAUUGGUGAUUGGUUUUGGAUGCCUACCGACUUCUUCCGAUGCACUGUGAAAGGACUCCACAGUUUUCACCUGAGCAGAUCUUUGUUUUUGCGCUGGCAAGGAGUUGAGAGAUGAUCAGCGCUCAUCCCUAUUUGAUGUCUAGUUCUACCUAGGAGUUCCAUUUCACUAGCCGUUAAGUAUUUUUGAGGAGAAUAUGGUUGUUUCAAGAAAUCUCCAUCAGUCGCCCAUUUGCCUUUUUGUUUUGCUGGCAGAGUUUUGGCUUCUUUAUUUUGCCGGUGAUUAAAGAAGUGGUUAAGUUGAUAAAGUGUCAUAUACCCUUUUAACAAAUUUUGUAUACUUACGCCGUCACGUAAUUUAUUUCUUGAUUUUUGUUAAAUUUGAUAGGGUUAAGAACUUUUGUAAUGGCAUUUUUUGUCAGCAGGAAGUUCGAAUAACGCAAUUACUCCUAUAAAAAGAGCGAACUAGGGUCCUAAUUAUUGAUAGUAAAACAAGAAUUAUGUAAA